AUGUUAUCUGACUUAUCUCUUCGACAUUUCGACUCUUCCCUCAAACUCUCACUCUCUCAGAGUCUCAGUCUCUCCAUCCUAGAAACACUCUCUCAUUUCACUCUCUCAGUCUCCUUCGAUGCGAACACAGCUGAGUGUAGUUCAGCGAACACAGUUGCAACCAGCAACCUGUCUCCGCCAGUCCACCUCUCCGGUCUCCGAGCUCCGCCUUCAGGCUCCAGAUGGGGACCGCAGCUAGACCAAGCUACUUACAAGAACUGUCAGCGUCUUUAUCUUUCCGAACAGUUGUCAAACCUAGGGUUGCAGCUGCAGAGCACAUAUCACAGUUCAAUGAAGAAGCACGCUCUCCUUUUGUAAAGAAGUAUAAAACUAUAAUACAUCCUGGAGAGGUAUGCAAUACAUCAAAAGUAACUUUGUUUAUAGUCUUUUCUUGUUGAUAAGUCUGCAGGA